AUGGAAAUCGUGCCCGAGGGGAAAAACUUCCGAUUGGUGAAAGAAGACGAGCUCCCAGCAUUGGCCGAUUUCUUAGUGCAGUAUAUGCCUGAAUCUCUAAAGUUUCAUCAGACGAUUCAAACAUAUCUAAACAACAAGGUUUGGGACUUCCAUUUUUAUGUAGCAAAGAAUUGGCCCGAAGAUCCAAUUUGUAUACAUUUUCCAGGGUGUACAAGUACGCCCAACAAUCUCACUUAUGAGAGCGUGACAGUGUUUUGUCCAUCGGACCGAGUAGAACUUGUCGAUCUGUUGACAACUGAAGAUAUUCUACUGGACCUGAGCCAGCCGCUGUACUUGAACUUUACACAUGAAGCGAUCGUGAACCGAUUCGAGAAGUACUAUGAGGCUCAAGACAAAAUCGCUGGCGAUGUAUACGUAUGCGACAACCCGCCGGAAGACACCAGCGCUGACGAUCUACCACCGGACGUGGAGCUAGUUCGCCUGCAGCCGGAGCACAUGAAAGCGGUUCACGACUUGUAUCCGGCAAGUGAUAUCGAAUGUCGUGAGGUCUUCGAGAAACUGGUCGCAGAACUACCUGCAUACGGCAUCUUUGUGGAAGGGAAACUGGCCGCUUGGAUGGUUCAGUCCUACUACGGAGCUAUGUUCUCCAUGCAAACAAGACCAGAAUUCCGAAGGAAAGGUUACGGGAUAUAUUUAGCCAGGCGUCUGACCAAGGAAGUCGCCGCCCGCGGCUAUAAGCCCUUCGUUGUGAUUCGUCCCGAAAAUGACGCGUCCCGCUCUCUCUACUCCAAGCUGGGCUUCGAGAAACGUUUUCGGACGGUGCGAGCCGUUUUGCACCCCCGCUAA